AACCGCCAACGCUGACGUCGUUUCCCUAAUCUGCAAAGCCCGGAUGAAACUUCGGUUUCCAUCCUCAUCCUCCUCCUCCUCCUCCUCCUCCUGCUAAUCCAAAUCAACGUUCCAAUCUCGAAUUCUAGGGUUUCCUAUCCUCUCUUGCAUCUCGAGGGAUCUGCUGUUCCCCUGAUCGAUCGAGCCCUCCGUAGCUCAACUUUCCCUUUCGUUCGAAAACCCUAACGGAACUCUUCCUUCUCUCCGCGCCCGCCGGGAAACAUGCCCGCCGCCGCGGCCGCCGAUGACGACCUGAAGAAAUUGGAGUACCUAUCGCUGGUCUCCAAGGUUUGCUCCGAGCUCGAGACUCACUUAGGCUUCGGCGACAAGGUGCUUGCCGAAUUCAUCACCGAGCUGGGCCGGAACUGCGAGACGGUCGACGAAUUCGAUGCCAAGCUCAAGGAGAACGGAGCCGAAAUGCCCGACUACUUCGUACGUACUCUUCUCACGAUCAUUCACGCGAUUUUGCCUCCGAGUGAUGGGGCCGAUAAGCAGCAGGGAAAGAGAGGCGACGACGGGGAGGGUGGUUCUAAAGGUCAGUUCAAGGCUUUGGGGAUUGCUGACAGUAGAGAGAGGGUGAAGGACCUGGAGAGGGAGCUUGAGUUGGAGGUGCAACAGCGGAGGAGAGAGGGUGGAGAGUAUGAGAAGGAAGGGAGAGAUAGGGAUAGGGACAGGGACAGGGACAGAGACAGGAGAGAGAGACACCGGGAUAGGUAUGAUAGGAGAAGCGAGGGAGGGCAUAGGGAUAAAGAAAGAGACAGAGACAGAGAUAGACAUAGAGAUAGAGAUAGAGAUAGAGACAGGGAUCAUGAGGAGGUUGAUAGAAGGGGAAGGCAUAGAGAUCAGUAUGAGAGAAGUCGAAAGGAUGGCUAUGAAGAUCAUGAGGAUGAUAGAGAAGACACUAGAGAUAGAAGGAAUGGGAGGUAUAAUUCCGAUGAACCCGAGCUAUAUAAGGUUUAUAGAGGGAGAGUUUCUAGAGUGAUGGAUACGGGGUGCUUUGUUCAGUUGAGUGACAUUAGAGGUAAGGAGGGGUUGGUGCAUGUUUCGCAGAUGGCAAGCAGGAGGGUUGCUAAUGCGAAGGAUGUAGUCAAGCGGGAUCAGGAAGUUUAUGUGAAGGUGAUUUCCAUCUCUGGUCAGAAAUUGAGUCUUUCCAUGAGGGACGUGGAUCAGGACACUGGAAAAGAUUUGCUUCCGCUGAAGAAGAGUGACGAUGAUGAUGCUUAUCGUGCUAAUCCAACUUCAGGGUCAAGGGAUGGGCCUGUUGGCAGAACAGGUCUUUCUGGGAUCAGAAUUGUGGAGGAAGAUGAUGUGGCUCCAUCGAGGCGACCCUUGAAGAGGAUGAGCUCACCGGAGAGGUGGGAAGCGAAGCAAUUGGUAGCUUCAGGCGUGUUGAAGGUAAAUGAAUACCCAAUGUAUGAUGAGGAAGGGGAUGGUAUGGUGUAUCAGGAGGAGGGAGCUGAGGAAGAGCUUGAGAUUGAGUUAAAUGAGGAUGAACCUGCGUUUUUGCAAGGGCAGACCAGAUAUUCUGUGGAUAUGUCACCGGUGAAGAUUUUCAAGAAUCCGGAGGGGUCCUUGAGUCGUGCUGCUGCACUGCAGUCUGCUCUUAUAAAGGAGCGGAGAGAAGUACGGGAGCAGCAACAGAGAACGAUGCUUGAUUCCAUUCCAAAGGAUCUUAAUCGUCCUUGGGAAGAUCCCAUGCCAGAGACAGGCGAGAGGCAUCUCGCUCAGGAGCUCAGAGGCGUUGGCCUGUCAGCUUACGAUAUGCCAGAGUGGAAGAAGGAUGCCUUUGGCAAAGCAUUGACUUUCGGGCAGAGGUCGAAGCUCUCCAUCCAGGAACAGAGGCAGAGUUUGCCCAUUUACAAGUUGAAAAAAGAACUUGUGCAGGCCGUACAUGAAAAUCAAGUUCUUGUUGUUAUUGGUGAAACUGGUUCUGGAAAAACUACUCAGGUUACUCAGUAUCUGGCUGAAGCAGGUUACACCACCAGGGGUAAGAUUGGAUGCACUCAGCCUCGUAGGGUGGCUGCAAUGUCUGUUGCCAAGAGGGUGGCUGAAGAAUUUGGUUGUCGUUUGGGGGAAGAGGUUGGAUAUGCAAUUCGAUUUGAGGAUUGCACAGGACCAGACACUGUUAUUAAGUAUAUGACUGAUGGUAUGCUUCUUAGGGAGAUUCUUAUUGAUGAGAACCUGUCCCAGUACUCAGUAAUCAUGCUUGAUGAAGCACAUGAGAGGACUAUACACACUGAUGUCCUUUUUGGACUGCUUAAGCAGCUCGUGAAAAGGAGACCUGAUCUCCGGCUGAUAGUGACAUCUGCCACAUUGGAUGCAGAAAAGUUUUCUGGUUAUUUCUUCAACUGCAAUAUCUUCACCAUCCCUGGUAGAACAUUUCCAGUGGAGAUUCUUUACACCAAACAACCAGAAAGUGAUUAUUUGGAUGCAGCUCUUAUUACUGUCUUGCAGAUUCAUUUGACAGAACCGGAAGGCGACGUCCUAGUUUUCCUGACUGGUCAGGAGGAGAUUGAUUUUGCUUGCCAAUCUCUUUAUGAGAGGAUGAAAGGAUUAGGCAAGAAUGUUCCUGAGCUGAUUAUCUUACCUGUUUAUAGUGCCUUGCCCAGUGAAAUGCAGUCAAGGAUAUUUGAUCCUGCACCUCCGGGGAAGAGAAAAGUGGUUGUUGCCACUAACAUAGCUGAAGCAUCUCUCACAAUCGAUGGUAUUUAUUAUGUUGUUGAUCCAGGGUUCGCUAAACAGAAUGUCUACAAUCCAAAGCAAGGUUUGGAUUCACUUGUCAUCACUCCUAUUUCACAAGCAUCCGCGAAGCAACGAGCUGGACGUGCUGGGCGUACGGGGCCUGGUAAAUGUUAUCGCCUCUAUACAGAGAGUGCGUACCGCAAUGAAAUGUCCCCUACCACCGUCCCUGAAAUCCAAAGGAUUAAUCUUGGUCUCACUACUCUUACAUUGAAGGCAAUGGGUAUAAAUGAUCUUUUAUCCUUUGAUUUCAUGGAUCCGCCAUCGCCCCAGGCUCUGAUUUCUGCCAUGGAACAGCUCUAUAGUCUAGGAGCAUUGGAUGAGGAAGGGCUUCUCACAAAACUGGGAAGGAAAAUGGCAGAAUUUCCUCUGGAACCGCCCUUGUCGAAGAUGCUUCUUGCUAGUGUAGACUUGGGAUGCAGUGAUGAGAUUUUGACCAUCAUUGCUAUGAUUCAGACAGGAAACAUUUUCUACAGGCCUAGAGAGAAACAAGCCCAAGCAGAUCAGAAGAGGGCCAAGUUCUUUCAGCCGGAAGGAGACCAUUUGACUCUUCUCGCGGUUUAUGAGGCUUGGAAAGCAAAGAAUUUUUCUGGGCCAUGGUGCUUUGAGAAUUUUGUUCAGUCUCGAUCCCUGAGGAGGGCUCAGGAUGUUAGGAAGCAGCUUCUCACCAUCAUGGACAAGUAUAAACUGGAUGUUGUCAGUGCUGGAAAGAACUUCACAAAGAUAAGGAAAGCAAUAACAGCAGGGUUUUUCUUCCAUGCGGCACGAAAAGACCCACAAGAAGGUUACAGAACCUUGGUUGAGAAUCAACCAGUUUAUAUACAUCCAAGUAGUGCUCUCUUCCAGAGACAGCCUGACUGGGUUAUUUACCAUGAGCUUGUCAUGACCACAAAGGAGUACAUGCGUGAGGUAACUGUUAUUGAUCCUAAGUGGCUUGUUGAAGCGGCGCCAAGAUUUUUCAAAGUUUCAGAUCCCACCAAGAUGAGCAAGCGGAAGCGUCAAGAGCGUAUUGAACCUCUUUAUGACAGAUACCACGAACCCAAUUCUUGGCGUCUCAGCAAAAGGCGUGCUUGACAUGUAUGAUUUACAUUUCUGUCUGAGUAGUCCUCAAUUUUGCUUCAUCGUGUAAAUGCUUCUAUCUUACUUUUAGCAGAAGGUAAUUUGUAAAACUCCUUUGCUGAGGUAUAAUGAAUUCAAUAACUUUUCUGGUUUGACAGGCAUCUUCUCUUUCUAUUUUCGGUUUUUUCCUAUUGAACUUUUUGAGUUGAACAACACAUUAAGCUUGUAUUAAUGAUAAUCCUCAGGGAUGUACUGGUUUUGAUGAUUAAAAUAGUUGAGGAUAUUUGAGAA